GACGUACCUGCGACUCUCAGCCAAUAGUCUCGUUCCGUACACGGAAGUCCCGAGAAAAGAGGGAAGUUCGGUUUGUGUACAUUCCGGGACGAAAAGCUUGUCUCCUGGUGUGAAGAUAUAUCAAAUGACUGGAUGCAGCUGACUCCUUCCCUCUCCUCAGUAAAUUCACCUGGACAAGCCCGAUGUCUCUGCUGCCACCAGUGAUCCAGCUCCAACAAAUGACAGAAGAGCCCUCGCCGAAUGUCCAGGAGAUCCAGUUCUGGCUGGACAAAAUGGUGGCUUGGGGCCGGGCUGAUAGUCCCAACAUCCAGAGGGAUGUCAGCCUGCAUUUGAGAAGAUUAAGCAGUUACCUCCAGCAACUGCUCACACAUAUCAACAACCUGAUUUCCACAACAGAAACCAUGAAGAGGAUGCCCCUCCUUGGCCAGUUUCUUGGCCGACUGUGCUGGAUCCCGUAUGUUACUGCUGAUGAUACAAGCAGAGGGCUGCUCUUCCAGUGUCUGUGGGGACUGUACUCGGAGCAUCCGAGCAAUGCAGUGGAAAGAAAAGCCAACCAGUGGAUACGGAAAGUGUUGUGUCAGCUCGCUACAGAUGAAGACGAUGCUGCGGCACAGGCAUUAAUGAAGCCAAUGGGUGUACCACCAAAUGAGUACCACCUUAAAGUCCUGAGAAAGAUGGUGGCAUUGCUGCAGGAGAACAUUGGAAAGAGCUGCAGUUCUCUGGGAAAUAUAAAUCAGAGGUGUUCGUGUGACAGCAUCCUGGCUGCAUCAGAGGCGUGUGUCCCCCUGGCCACUUGUCCAGAGGCUGCUCCUCUCAUUGAUGCAUUGCUACAACGGCCAGCCACUUGUGUCAGAGCAGCUCUGAGUGAAGACUUCCUUGAUGCUCUGAGCUGCGCUUACUCAAGACAGAACUUGUCAUUGGAGGAGCAGGCAGUAUUCUCCCUGUGGCACCACAGUCUCUCCAGCCUGGAAGUGGCGGUGCUUAGUCUGCUGGAGUCUGUUUGUACCAACACGGGGUCAACACCACAGAGAAUGUUGCAACAAGUUUCACAGUCACUGCUGCCUAAAGCCUGUGCUCAGCAAUGCUCGAUAUUUUUGGUUGUAAAUGACAUCUUCAGGUCCACCCUUAAACAAGCCGAAGGAAAUGAGUGUGUUAAGUCGCUUAUUCAAAUCUUUACCAACUGUUUCCUGACGGAACUGGCGCUGCUGCAGCCUCAGAAGUGUGUAUCUUUGAAGGCUUUCUUCCCACAGUCACCUCAGAGUCUGUUGGUUCCUCUGUCGACUCUGCCGUCAGAGAUGCCUCAGGAGGCUUGGGAACAUCACCUGAACUGGCUCAGUGGCUCAUUACAGAGACUGACGGAGGAUGAAGAGGAGGGAGACGGAGACGGAGACAGCAGCAGUAGCACCAGUAGGGGGCACCACCGAGUGUUCGAGGCCUGGUUCCUGCUGGUCCAGUGUGCACACUGGGUGCAGGUGACCGUCCAGCUGCUGGGGACAAAAGGGCCUGAGGACUGUGGGCCCCUCCUGUGGCUGCUGACCUUCUAUCACCACCCCACCAACAGGGGGCACCACCGAGCUCUACAGCUGGUACACGCCAAAGACGCGUGGGACCGUCUACACACCCUCUUCUCCGUCUCGACUCCGCCUCCUUUUGACCGCCUGCAGUCAUUGGUCACUCUGCUGUCACCACAACCCCAGCAACCGUCACUGUCUCCAUCAUUCAUCCUCGGCCUCUCGGUCAACUUUGCUGUUUUUUCCCAACAACCGCUGAGUGGGUCAACACAGGUUUUACAAACGGUGGUGCAUCGGUCUGGUCUGGUUGAAGAAGCAGCGUGUGCUCUCAGCUCACUGGAGCUCAGACUAAACGCAGGAAGCUGCUCAUCAAGCGACGCGAACAGAGUUCAUCUCAGGAUCAAGUCACUUCAGAACACACUAACACAUAUGCAUGCAGCAUGGAGCCCUGCUGAGAGCCAAGCACACACACUCACACACACACACACAUUAAAUUCAACUAACCACACGGCAGUGAGUUCAUCUCAGGAUCAAGUCACUUCAGAACACACUAACACAUAUGCAUGCAGCAUGGAGCCCUGCUGAGAGCCAAGCACACACACUCACACACACACAUUAAAUUCAACUAACCACACGGCAGUGAGUUCCUUCUCAGCUCAGGGUUUCUGUCAGAGCACGUUCGCGUAAUGAUAAAUCGCCACGCUCGUGUGUAGAUAUGUUCAGGACAAUGUGUCAAAACAAAGCACAGCAAGGACAGAUUAUGUGGAGCGGCUACAAUUAUAUGCGCUUGCGCACACGCACAACACAACUGCAAGGCCCUCAAGGACAUUUGAGGAGUGACAGAUCACACUGCAAAGAAGCAGCAGUGUGUACACCAUGUCAGAUUCCUCCCACUCAUAUAAUUGUCUCACAAAAUAAAUCGUUUACACUCACACUCACACUCACACACACACACACAAACACACACGGGGGCACACAUACACUGCAAGACAUUUACUCUAAAGGAAAGUAACACCAGAUGCCAUUUACCUUUGUAUAUUUGUGCUAGAAUGUUUACAUGAGACAUAUUCCAACAGCACUGAGUUUAUGAUAAAAUGUGUUUUUACAUUUUUCUGUUGUUUUCAUUGUUUGUAAAGACUCCUCUGUGUUUGAUCCAUAACUGUCAGUGGUUUAGAGCCACGACUGACGAUUACCUUCAUUGCUGACGAAUCUGUUGUUUUGUCCGACCAGUGCAAAGCCCAGAAAUAUUUAAUUUACUGUAAGACCAAAGGAAAACAGCAAAUAUCUUUCUCAUUUGAAAAUCUGAAAAACAUCAAAUGUUUAUCAACUUAAUAAUGAACAAUUCUAAGUUCAUUUUUUAAAAUGGAUUUGAGUAAUGAUCCAAUUUCUGCAAUUCUGAAAUGGUUGACUGCUACUGAAGAAAGAUGCUGUUCUGUUUUAUGAAUGAUCUUUUUACUGUCGUCUCAAUAAACACGUCUGACCUUGUACAUCAGUUUGUGAAACAAACUUUUUAAAUUCAGAAAUCUAAUAUCUUUUUUGCACUGGGUUGUGGAUAAAAAAAUGUGUUACCUGUUUUUUUGUCCAUAGCUAAAUACCUUUUAUGUCUUUUAAAAUAAAAAUCCUUCAACGCCUUCA